UGCUCUCGCCGGAAGAGAAGGGGCAAGUUUUCCAGCCAUCUUGUGGCAGUGUUCUGCGACUUGUUCGCAUCAAGCCUCGUAGAAUCGGAGGUGAAUCCCGCGGAAGGGGCGCCAUCAUGCCCGGACACCUGCAAGAAGGUUUCGGCUGUGUCGUAACCAACCGAUUCGACCAGUUAUUGGACGAUGAAUCCGAUCCGUUUGAGAUCCUGAAAGCCGCCGAAAACAAGAAGAAGGAGGCGGCCGCCGCUGGUUCCACCAAGACCGCCGCUCAAGCCGCCAAGCAGCCGAAGAAAGAGUCACAAAAGGACAGAAAGAACCCGCUUCUGGACAAGAAGGAAGAAUCUCAGGCUCCAGUACCCCUGAAGAAAGAAGGUAUCAGACGGGUGGGCCGACGGCCAGACCAGCAGGGCCAGUCUGGUCCCCAGCACCAAGGUGUACAGGGUGAGGGGCGACCCGGAGACAGGAGGCCGGACCGGAGACCCCCCCGCGAGCGGCGUUUUGACAAACCUGCCGAGGAGAAGCCUGAGGGUGGCGGAGAGUUCUCAGCAGAAAAGCCUUCUGGAGAGAGGCCCCCAAGAGGGCGUGGUGGUGGCCGAGGUGGGCGUGGUGGAAGGGGGCGUGGCAUGGGCCGAGGCGAUGGCUUUGACUCCCGAGGAAAACGAGACUUUGACAGACACAGUGGCAACGACAAAUCGCAGAAAAAUGAAGAGAAGCGCAGUGGCAGUGGCUCUCAUAACUGGGGCAAUGUAAAGGAUGAAGUGAGAAGGGCAAUUCAGUUCCCACAGUCCACCCAGACGUACACAAACUCACAGACAAGCGGCAGUCAUCACCCUGUCAGAGACAACAGACAGAUCAGUACAUGGGCAAGAGAUGCACACUGCCACCCUCAUGUGGCCCUGCAUGCAGACUCCCACGAGGACCAGGCAAAGGGCAAAAUCUAUCAUGGCUGCCGACAAUACUCAGCCAGUGAGGCUGAACAGACUGCUGGUCCUGAGGCAACUCCAGAAGGAGAGGAACAACCACCUGCUGACUCUGAGAACAAGGAGAACGAGGUAGAAGAAGUAAAGGAAGAGGGACCCAAAGAGAUGACCUUGGAUGAGUGGAAGGCCAUGCAGGACAAGGAACGAGCCAAGGUGGAGUUCAACAUUCGUAAGCCUAAUGAGGGAGCCGACAGCCAGUGGAAGAAAGGAUACGUGUUGCACAAAUCUAAGAGUGAAGAUAGGCCUGUGGGUGCUUUAAUCGAUGCCUCAGAGAUGGAAGCAGACACUCAGCCUCUCUACCCAAAGGGCACUGAAGAAGCUGGAGACCACCACUUCCGUAAACCAGCCAAUGACAUCACAUCUCAGCUUGAGAUUAAUUUUGGAGACCUGGGCCGCCCUGGACGCGGGCGUGGGGGCGCCCGUGGAGGAAGAGGAGGCCGCGGUGGGGGAGGCAGCAGGCCGGCACGUGGGGCAGGCCGUUCAGAAAAGCCAAGUGGAGUGUCGGUCCCCAACGUGGAUGAUCCUGAGGCCUUCCCGGCCUUGGCCUAAGGCUCCUAUACCGCUACCACCAGCCCACCCAUCAGCCCCUCCGGGCCCCUCCUCUACGAGGCUUGCAUGCUUACCACAUCUUCAAGUAUAUCAGAAAACAGAAAAAAAAAAGAUUUUACCAAUGGAAAAAGACUCAUCCUCAUACCACACAGCACCAGAGGACUGAAAUUUUAUCCGUUUUAAAGGAGAACAAAAAGACAAAGGUGGAAAAAGGACCCCUUGUUACACUGAAGCAAAUUAUUGGUAGACGUUUUGUAUUUAGACAUGAAAGCAGGGAUGUUUUCAUAAAGGUUUUUUUGUUUGUUUGUUUCCAAAGUUUAUGCAUACUUCAUUGAUAUUUUUUUGUGCUGCUUGAAUUUAUACAUUUCCACGCUUAGGUUGAAGUGUGUGCAUCUUUUAUCCCCGUAGAUCUUGCAUUCAAUUUCCAUAUGACUUCAAUUCCAUAUUAUGGGGUCAUCUUAGUCAAGAAUUUUUACGGGGUGCAUUUUUCCAGCAAGACACACUGAUUUAGAAUUACACUACAGUAAGGAAACCUAGAUAACUCAAAAUAUGCUUAACAUGCAUUGGAAGUGUAAUUACCCUUCUCCUGACUAUCCAUCCUUUUGAGAAGCACAAAUUCAGGAUGGGUAAAUGGGCAAAGUGACUUCCUACUAAAGGUUGGUAUUUUUCUGCUUGUUGUGCAGUGAAAGGUUAAUGCCUCUUUUUUUUGGAUAGCUUGCCUUUUUUGUGGACCAGUGGUUAGUAUGCUUUUAUCCCCUGAUCCAGAUGUGCUACCUGUGUUUUUAGGGCACUCUAGGGCCCACUAUCUAUCUUUAGGCUGGUCCUCUUAGGUCACACAGACUACUACUAGUAAUUUCAGGACCACUAAGCAAAUAUUGUAUUUUUUUGUUAAGGAUGUGUGUGUCUGUGUGUUUGUGUUAUAAGUAUGAGAGCGCAAAUGUAUGAAUGUGACAGGUGAUAACUUGGUUUAAGUAUUCCUCUGCUAUGUACUUGCUGUUUUAUCAAACAUUCGGCUGCAGGUUCUGUGCAGUGUUCUUGUCAGAAAUGGUUCAUAUUUUAUCUUGGAAGUGAUCUUUUUUUAGGUAAGAAUAAGUAGACUGGGCAUAUCUUGCACUCAGAAUUUCUGAAGCACUUGGUUUUUAUCAGCACCAGUACUCGGGAGAUUGUUUGGUUUUUUUUCCCCUGUUGUAAUCAUUUGCUGUCUUUUUUUUUCAGUACAGCAGCACUGCAGCACCAUUGUAUAAUUUGUCUAAAAGACAGGUUGGCAGUCAUUGUGGAACAAACGAGCUACAGAAUGUAAUGUAAGCUAGCGGCACUUUGAGCCACUCCACCUGCAUCUGCAUUUCCAGUGAGCCUUUUAUUUUAAUGAAGUGGGUAUAUUUCUCUAAUUGGGUUAGGGAAGGGUUUAGAUAUAGACAAGCUAAUUUAAAGCUUCGUAUGCUAUGUGCUAGAAGACUUUCUGGUAAUGUACAGGUGAGGGCUGGAGCAAACUUCUUGUAGGACUCGGAUCCACAUGACAGCAGAACUUCUUUGCAAACAUCCCUGUUCUAAUAAAUUGCUUUAGAGGUGUUACAUGUAUUCUUCCCACGGCUGUUGGGUUGUGUGAAAUCAAUACUGUGAUUUUAAAGGUGUAAACAAAU